AUGGGAGGCCCCUACCCCCCUCGUAUCGCCUUACUCGGCGGCCGACCAACAGUUGACGUCGACGUCCCAGUCUGCGCAGUCUUCCUGACUCUCUUCCUCGGCUUUGGCAUCUCGCACAUGGUCAUCUUCCGCCGCAAUCUAGCCAGGGGUCACAAGUUCAUCCCAUCCGCCGUAACAUUCGGAUUCUGCAUGUCGCGAGUCGUCGCCAAUAUCAUGCGUAUAGCCUGGGCCUGUCGACCAAAUGAUGUUCAAAUUGCAAUUGCCGCCCAGAUCUUCGUCGCUGCAGGAAUCCUGCUCCUCUUCAUCCUGAACCUUCUCUACUCGCAACGAAUGCUCCGUGCAGCUCUCCCAGGCAUCGGCUGGUCACGACCCGUCUCCUACGCUUUCAAGGCGUUGUACGUUUUGGUCGUCGUGUCUAUCAUCAUGGUUAUUACCUGUGUGGUUCAAAGCCAGUAUACUCUCAACGCAAACACCCUCCGCAUCGACCGCGACAUCCAGCUCUACGGCGUAACCUAUUUCGCCAUCGUCUCUUUCCUUCCAAUCCCCAUCACCCUUCUUGUUCUGUUGUUUUCCCAUGGCCAGGAUAUUGAACACCCCGGCUCGGGUAGAUGGUCAACAAAAGCCGCCAUUGUCCUCUCCGCUGCCGUCCUUUUGUGUUUGGGUUCCUCCUUCCGCGCUGGAACUUCCUGGAUGCCUCCUCGCCCAUUGACCAAUCCACCCUGGUACGACCACAAGGCCUGCUUCUACGUCUUCGACUUUGCGAUCGAUAUAUCGGUCGUUGCCUUGUUCUUGAUUGCCCGCGUUGAUCGGCGGUUCUGGGUGCCGAAUGGUAGCUCGGCUGUGCGCCAUUACCGCGGAACAGCAGACGAGCCUAAGGGAGCACCUUCUGAUCGGGGUACUAGUGACCACGACCCCGAGGAAAGUGAUGGUGCCUCCCCUGGGUUCCGGGCUCCUGUCAAAAAUGAAAAUGAAGCAUGA